UUUUUUAUUUUUAUUUUUUAUUUUUUUCAUGUAUUUAAACCCUCUCUCUCUUUCUCUCUUAGACCAUCCAUUUACCCUUACUUGUGCCUUUUCUCUGUUGGAGAUACAGUCACAUUCAAUAUUUUUUUUGGUUUUUUUUUCUGUGAAUAAAGAGAUUCUUCUUUUCCUUUCUUUGUAUUAACAAUACAAACGCGUAUUGUGCUUGUGUCAUGAUUAUUAUUAAACCAGACUGGGUUUCUCAUGGAGACCGUACUCAAGAUGCUAGAAAUAAGAAGCCUUGUAUUUAUUCAGUAGAUGUUCAUCCUGAUGGCAAACGACUUGCUACUGGAAGUUUAGAUGGUAAUGUCAAAAUAUGGAAUACAGACCCUAUUUUUGAUGAAAAAGCCGAACAAGACCCCAAUUGUCAUAAAUUACUCUGUACCAUGACAAUGCAUAAUGGUGCUGUCUUGUGUGUACGAUGGUCUCAUCGAGAAGGUCGAUAUUUAGCUUCUGGUUCAGACAAUGAUAAUGUGAUUAUUAUUUGGGAAAAAGACAGAAAUGCAGCCAUUGGUUCAGUAUUUGGAAGUAGUGAAGUCAAUCAUGAGACAUGGAGGGCCAUCAAGUAUUUAAGAGGACAUGAAUCUGAUGUACAAGAUUUGGCUUGGUCUAAAGACAAUCAAUACUUGGCUUCAUGUGGUGUUGAUGGAUUUGUGAUUGUAUGGAAUGGAUCAAAUUUUGAUCAAGUCACCAAGAUUGAUCAACAUGGCGGGUUUGUUAAGGGAGUAACAUGGGAUCCAGCAGGCAAGUUUCUUGCUUCACAGUCGGAUGAUAAAAUGGUCAAAGUAUGGCGAACUUCUGAUUGGGGAUUAGAAACAGACUUGAUCCAACCCUUUGUGAAUGCACCAGGCACAACAUUAUUUAGAAGACUAAGUUGGUCCCCUGAUGGUGCUCAUGUUGCUGCUGCCAAUGCUGUGAAUGGAAUUCAGUGUAUUGCUGCCAUCAUCAACCGAGACCAUUGGAAUGCCGAUGUCUCUCUUGUAGGCCAUCAAUUACCCGUCGAAGUCGCUGCAUUUAAUCCUAAACUAUUUUAUUUUAAAGACAAGGAAGAUACAGAAGAGAAAUCAUUGGCGACUGUAUGUGCCUUGGGAAGUCAAGACAGAAGCAUCUCUAUCUGGGUCACGAAAUUCAAUCGACCGGUUUGUGUAGCCACAGAUAUCUUUGAUAAUAAUGUAUACGAUAUUGCUUGGACACCGGAUGGAAAGAGCUUGUUUGCCUGUUCACAAGAUGGUACAGUGGCUUGUUUACAACUGGAAGCAGAAUUGCAAGAUAUGGCAGCAGAUGAAGCGAUUGAGAAAGAACUAUCGAAAUACGGGUAUGGCAGAAAACACACACAGUUACCAGAGACACCUGUUCAACUAGAACUCGAAGAAGACCAUGCCAUUGUGGCUAAAGCGUCUUCUUCAAAACGCAUUGCUGAAUUAAUGACGGGCAAUUCAAGUAUGGUAUCGUUUGAUACCGAUACACGCAUGAUAGAAGCAGAACCUGCGAAUCCGCCUUCGAAACCAGAACCACCUUCAGUCGUACUAGAACAACAAAAAGUAACGAUUGCAAAGAACGGUAAAAAGCGUAUUCAACCCAUGAUGUUAAGCACGACUACCACAACAGCAAAGACAGUAGCCCCACCUGUACAAAGACAGCCAGAUGUAAACCCUAUUUACGAUGAUCCUGUCUCCAUACCCGCUUCUUCUUCUUCAGUAGGUGUUGCCAGUACUAUCAUGGGCCAUAAACGUAAAUCAACAGAAGAAGACAAUGAAAUCCAUGGUCAUCGUACUCGUACUCGACCUGAAUGGCUUGAUUCAGCUGUUGUGCCACCUACAGUCCUUAAAAGUCAAAUCAAAAUGGGCUUACCCAAAAUCCAAUCUGUCUUGACGACUAAAUUAAAGCCUGAUGAUCCUACUGUCGUGAUGGAAUGUCGCAACAAUGAACACAACCGAACUAAAAUAGUCACAACAAGAGGAGGUGUAGUGAUAUGGGUGGAUUAUGUGUCGAGCCCUGUCCUGUUGAUGACAGGCAACCCUCAUUUCUCUGUGGCGAGUUGUGAAGAUGGUUCGAUUCAUGUCUAUUCACCUGUAGGUCGACGUCUUUUACCACCCAUCAUAAUGGAAAGUACAGCAGUGAUACUUCAAUCGAGUUCGCAGUGGCUUGUAUGUUUAACAGCAACAGGCUUGUUGUAUACCUGGGACAUACUUCAUUUCAAAAGUGUAUUGGAUGGUAUUUCCAUUGGACCCAUCUUACAGAUUGCACAGUUAUCAGAUCAAGUACAUAAAGCACCUCGUAUCCGCGAUAUUCAGAUUCAGAAGAAUGGACUGCCUAUCUUAAUCACAAGUCUACAGCAGGCAUUUGUGUACCAUCUUGAUAUGAAGGUUUGGCUGCGUAUCAGUGAUGCUUGGUACAUUGUGUCUGAAUUUUGGGGUUCUGGUAUUCAUAGUACACAUCCAUUGGGUUGGUUAGCGUCAAAGAUGAUCAUGACAGGCGUAGAUCCUACAGCUCAAUUGAUUCUGGAUAUAGCCAAUGCAGAUCAAAGUACAACAGCAGUGAUUACAAUCAGCCAUAUUGAAGCUGUGGCUGCCUUGUUAAAUUCACCUCAUGAAUAUGUUGAUUGGAUGAUGUAUUAUGCUCGAAAACUAUCAGAGGAAAAUGCAACAGAAAAAGUGAAAGAAUUAUGUCAAUGGCUGCUUGGUCCACCUUUUAUAUCUUCAGAGCUUGUUGAAUGGGAACCAAAAAUCAUGGGCACUUUAUUAAAAAGGGAUUUGUUGAAUCAAAUUCUACCUGUGUUAGCUCAAAACCGUCAACUUCAGCGUACUGUGACUGAAUUCAAGUCUUGUCUCUAAUAAUAAAUACAGCAGGAAGUCGUUGCAGCAACCCAAGCUUUUAUUGUGUAACUCUA